UCCACUGCUCUCAAACGGCAUAUGACAUACAGUUUGCUUUUGAGAUAUAUUCUGCACCAGUAUGCAUUACAGGAAGUGAAGGGGCUUCACAGAAACCAAAAGAAAAAUUCUAAAUCUAAAUAAAGACCUUGGCUUCAUUACUUCCUCUAUCUUAGAUCGAAGCUCGGCAGAGAUGGUACAUUACAGUCAUAACCCGUACAGCCCUCAGAACAGUUACGAUGCCGACAACAUGGAUCUCUGAGGCAAACCAUCAUGGAUCAUAACACAUCUUUGCCCGUCAUUAUGGAGGGUCACGUCCCAAAAGUGUACCGGACUGCUAGCCUAGUGUUUUACGGCAUUAUCUUCACCAUAGGCAUAGUGGUCAAUCUGACCGCUCUCUGGGUCUUUGCCUUGACCACUAAAAGACGGAACUCCAUCACCGUAUACAUGAUCAAUGUUGCUUUAGUGGACUUGGUAUUUAUCUUACUGCUGCCCUUUCGAAUUGUCUACUACAGUCAAGACUACUGGCCCUUCGGGGACGUGUUCUGCAGGAUUAACGCAGCACUAACAGUGCUCUAUCCCUGCCUAGCCUUGUGGCUCUUCGCUCUCAUUAGCACAGAUCGCUAUGUGGCCAUAGUGCAGCCGCGGCACACCCGAGAACUAAAAAGUGUUCGCAAAGCCUUGCUGUCCUGUGCAGGAGUCUGGAUCAUGACCCUAGGCAGCACGGCUCCGCUCAUCUUCCUGGAAGAGGACCCAGACCGUAUCUCAAACUAUACCACUUGCAUCAAGAUGCACGACAUCAUCUACUUGCGCCGUGACAAUCCCGUCCACUUCGCACGUAUCGUCUUCUUCUUCCUGGUGCCGGUGUGCAUCAUGGUGGGCUGUUACAUGAUCAUCGUAGAAAACCUCAUCCACGGCCGCACGUCCAAACUGAAGCCCAAAAUCAAGCAGAAGUCCAUCAGGAUCAUCAUCACACUGAUUAUUCAGGUGCUUGUGUGCUUUGUGCCUUUCCACAUCUGCUUUGUUUCCAUGCUGCUGGCCAGCGGUGGGCAGGGUUACAACACCUGGGGGGCCUUCACCACCUUCCUGAUGAAUGCGAGUACAGUGCUGGACAUCAUACUCUUCUACAUUGUGUCGAAGCAGUUUCAGGACCGUGUGAUCAGCGUGAUCUUGUACAGGAACUACCUGAGGAGCGUUCGCAGGAAGAGCCGUCACACCAACAGUAUUCGCUCAAUCAGCAACCUGACCAGUGCCAUGAUCUGAACAAUAACACAGCUGACAAAAACAAUGUAAACAUGUCGAUGUUUGUAACUAAAUUACAGAACAAGAUUUAAAUUGCAGAACAAGAUGAACGAUUAUCAAUGCAUGAGUCAAACUCAAUUAUGUUUUCCAAACAGAAACAAAUCAUACUGAAUAGUGAUAUUGCUCACAGUAACAGUAACUUCUUGUCUGCAGUUAACUCACAUGAGACGAAUCACAUGUGCACAAGUAACU